GCCGCCAACAGCACCACGUACUACUACUACGGCGAUGGUGCGGUCAGCGUCAUGGCGGUGCUCCUCCUCGCCUUCAUAGUGCUCGCCGUGAUGGGGAACGCCAUGGUAGUGCUCACAGUUCUGCGGCACCGGGGAAUGCGCACGCGCACCAACAUGUUCAUCGUGAACCUCGCCAUCGCCGAUAUAUUGGUGGCGCUACUUGACAUGCCCGUGUCCAUGGCCACCCUGCUUCGUGGUGACUGGGUGAUGGGUCGUGCCUUCUGCCAAUUCAACGGCUUCACCAUGGCGCUGCUGCUCAUGUGCUCGAUCCACACGCUCAUGUACAUGAGCGUCCACAAGUACCUCAGCAUCACGCGUCCCUUCAGCCACCGGGGCGAGGGCUACCGUAAGGUGGCCGUGUUCCUUGUGGCCGCCUGGCUCUGGCCUUUCUUCUGCGCCAUCACACCCUUCCUGGGCCUGACGGAGAUCGUCUACAAACGUGGUGCGUCCCAGUGCGGCCCGGCCUACCCGCGCGACAUCAAGAUGUACUCGCACUCGGCCCUGAUUACCGUCACCAACUACUUCAUUCCUCUCGGAGUGAUGGCCUUCUGCUAUGUCAACAUUUUUCGCGUCAUAGCCGACCACAUGUCACGCGUGAAGAGUCACAUGGGGUUGCACAACUCGGUGGUGCAGCAGAAGCGCAUCAACAUCACCCUCUUCCUCGUGCUCAUCUGCUUCCUGCUCUGCUGGACGCCGUACAUGAUCUACACAUUUUACGUCAACAGCCGCGGCUCGAAGACUCACGUGCCUUACAUUUUAAACCCCGUGAGUUACUGGUUUGGCUACAUGAACUCCGCCUGCAACCCGAUCAUCUACGCCUUCCGAAGCCCCUCCUUCAGGCACGGAUAUAAAGAGAUCCUUUUCGGCAGUGCUGUCGAAGUCAUCAGCGCCGAAGUGAUGCAGCCAUGA